GGAGAGAGAGAGAGACUCAUGAAGAUUUAAUUACUUAUAAUUGCAAGUGUGCAAAUUUUCACCUAUUAUUUAAGAUUCUAAUGAGGGUAGUUACUAAUAUUUUUCCUUUUUGCAGACUCUUCUCUGUCGGAAGAGACCAUUCAAAAGAUUUUAUCUGGAAAUGAAGUCAGUUUAGAUGAACUAUCUGCAGAAGAAAUGAAGCAUCUCCAAAGAGUAGUUGCAUCUGGAGAAUUAAGCAAAAUGAUACAUCCUUGGGAGCCCUGGUGGUCCAAGCAUUCUGCAACAACGAUUUCUCUCAGCCAAGAGGGAACAAAGCUUGUGCAGCCACUUCAUGAGGAAGAUGUCAGAAAAUCCGCAGAAGAUAAUUCUGAAAGCGUUGAAUCAACUAUUAUACCGCCUGGGCCUGAAACUCCACUGCCACCUAUCAGCAAAUUGAGUUCCAUGGCGCCAUCCCCUCUUUUAGCAGUUCACUUGGUUGAUACUAUAUACUCCUAUUGCUUCACUCUACGUUUCUACAAUGGGGAUUGGCAAUCUGAUGCCCUUGGUGCGGCCAUGGUGGUAUUGAAUGUCUCCUUUGUCUUGGGUGAAGGUGGACAGCCAGAGACAGUAUCACAAGCACUUUCCCAUUGUUUGGAGCAGACAUGCUCACCUGCUUACAGGCAUGUAGGUGGCUUGAAUUUUGGGUUAUGUCUUAUUGAUGAUGUAGUGAAGCUACUUUCUCUAGGUGGAGCUGCUUUAGUGUGCCUGCUCUGUGAUCUACAGAGGCUGAUUCAGGCUGGACUGAGGGAGUUGAAGGCUGAAAAACCUAGGAAGCUGAAAAGGGUGGAAGUGGGGACUAAGCUUAAGCUUGCUGAGAAGAAGGUUUACUUUUUGAUGUGUUGGGUCCAUGGGCAACCGAAGGAAUUUUGGUCCUCAUUGAUGGCCAUUGUUGGGGUGGAGAAGGAUUUAAUUGCAUCUUUAAGACAUGAGGGUGGUCAUGUAAAAGUGGAUGCGAAGCCAAAAUCCAAGGGGAAGGUCAUAAUUGAGGAGGUUUAGGGAAUCCCUCCCUGGAACAGGUAAAUGUAAACAGUUUUGUAUAAAUGGCUAAAGUUAAACUUGUCAUGUAACACGACUUAAUUAAUUGAGAUGUGCAUUAUCCAAUAAACGUAUAUAAUCCCCAUUAUUGGUUAUCAUUUA